AUGUUCGCACGUCCACUGGUGCGCACUGCACGCGCGGUGCGCUGUACCAAGCGCCGCUUCGCUUCCUCAACUGCCAGCACUGUCAGCUCCGGGUUCGCGACGCGUGCCGCGCUCGCUGCCGCUGGCGCUGUUGUUGUCGCCGGCACAGUCUACACCAUCCUUCCUCAGGCUCACGCCGAUGCGUCUCGGGUUACCAAGUCCGGCGAGAGGAUUAUCACCCUCGAAGAGAUGGGGAAGCACUGGCAGGCUGGGUCGCUGUGGGUUGCCAUCGAUGGGAAGGUGUAUGACGUGUCCGAGUUCGCCAACACCCAUCCCGGCGGCAGCCGCAUCCUGCUCGAGAACGGAGGGCGCGACACGACCAAGCUGUUCCAUGCUAUCCACCCGCCCAACACUAUCCACAAGUACGCCAAGGAGGUGCCGUGCGUCGGCGUGAUUGACCCCGAAGAACUCGCGGUUCUGGCGUCUCAGCGGAACGCCGAGGACGACCGGAUUGACGCGGCACGAAAGAGACUGUUUGGUGUCGACUCGGUUGUUGGGAUCUCAGACUUUGAGCGCUAUGCCAAGGACCUCCUUCCCUUGCACGCGUGGGCGUACUACUCGACGGGCGCGGACACAGAGGGCGCCCUGGCCGAGAACGCUGCCAUCUUCAAGCGCCUCUUCUUCCGGCCGCGCAUUAUGCGUGACGUGCACGACGUCGACACGUCCACCGAGUUCCUUGGCGUCAAGUCCAGCAUCCCAGUGUACGUCGCUCCGACUGCGCGCAAUGGCUUGGGCCAGCCGGAGGGCGAAGUCGCCGUUACACGGGGGGCGGGCGCAACCGGCAUCUUCCAGGUGCUCUCACAUUACGCGUCGCGUUCGCUCGACGAGGUCAAGGCUGCGGCACGCGACGGCCAGCAUAUCGGGUGGCAGGUAUAUCUGAACCCUGAUCGGGAGCGCAGUCGCGAGGCGAUCGAAGAGGCUGUCGCGGCUGGCGCGCACUCUAUCUGGAUUACGGCAGACACUGUGACUCUUGGGAAGCGGGAGACGGAGCGCCGACUGAACGCCGAGGCAAACCCGGCACCACACGGGCAGCCGCUGAGUCGCGAGCGCCAGCGUUUCGGGUUCAGUGCGCACGACGCGCGCAUGUCGUGGGAUGACAUUGCUUUUGUGCGCAAGUAUGCUCCGGGCCUGCCUGUGGUGAUCAAGGGCGUCGGCGCGUGGGAGGACGUUGUGCUGGCUUACAAGUACGGCGCGGAUGCUGUCGUCCUCUCCAACCACGGCGGGCGGCAGCUGGACUUUGCGCAGCCACCGCUCAAGGUGCUGUAUGACGUGAACAAGAACGCGCCGCAGGUGCUGCACCGCAAGAACUUUAACAUUUUUGUCGACGGCAGCGUGCGGCAUGGCACCGACGUUCUCAAGGCGUUGUGUCUCGGCGCCACAGCGGUCGGGCUGGGCCGGCCGUUCAUCUACGCUGCGACGGGGUGGGGCUCGGACGGAGUCGAGAAAGCGGUGGAAAUCCUUGAGGAGGAGAUCGCGAUCGGGAUGCAGCUGCUUGGCGUCACACGCGUCGACCAACUUGGCCCGCAAUACCUCGACACGUCCAAGAUCUAG